ACCUGUUAAUCUAUUAGUACUAUUCAGUUAACUUAACACACACAGUAACCAAAAAUGGCCGACGAGUCGCCGGAGGCCGUCUCCGCCACCGCGCACCUCAACCGCCACCUAGACGGGAUGCGCCGACGCGUCACGACCGCCCUCAGCCUCAAGACCUCCCUCCUCUCCGAGCUCAGCGGCGCCGUUGGCGACCUCGGAACCUACAUCCCCAUCGUCCUCGCGCUGACGCUCGUUGUCAAUCUCGACCUCUCCACCACCCUCAUCUUCACCGCCUUCUACAACAUCGCCACCGGCGUCCUCUUCGGCACCCCGAUGCCGGUCCAGCCUAUGAAAUCCAUCGCCGCCGUCGCCGUCACUGAGUCGGCUCAUUUGACGGUGGAGCAGAUCGCCGCCGCCGGAAUCUGCACCGCCUCCGUCCUGCUCUUCCUUGGCGUCACCGGCCUCAUGUCAGUCCUCUACCGCUACCUCCCCCUCCCCGUCGUUCGCGGAGUCCAGCUCUCUCAGGGACUUCAAUUUGCAUUUUCAGCAAUCAAUUACAUUCGCUACAAUCAAAAUUUCAGCAAAACAACCUCAACCUCGACCUCGGAUCCACGCCCCUGGCUCGGCCUAGACGGACUAGUUCUUGCCCUAGUUGGCCUGCUCUUCCUAACUCUCACAACCGGCGACGGCAGUGGCAAUGCAAGUGCAGUCGACGAAGUCCCGAUCAAUCGAAGAAGGGUUCAAAGAAGGCUCCGGAUUCUGUCAGCAAUCCCAUCAGCGUUGAUCCUUUUUUUGCUUGGAGUAGUACUCUGUUUCAUCCGUGAUCCUUCAAUCUUUCAAGACUUGACACUCGGUCCGUCUAAGUUCCAUGUGCUGAGCCUCACGUGGGACGAUUUCAAAGUCGGGUUUAUCCGAGGUGCAGUGCCUCAGAUCCCCCUCUCAGUGCUCAACUCCGUCGUUGCAGUUUGUAAGCUCUCUGGCGAUCUGUUUCCGGGCACAGAGCUGUCCGCCACCAAGGUCUCUAUCAGUGUGGGUGUGAUGAACUUGGUAGGCUGCUGGUUCGGGGCAAUGCCUGUCUGCCACGGGGCUGGGGGGUUAGCCGGGCAGUACAGGUUCGGCGGGAGGAGUGGCCUAUCCGUGGUGUUUCUUGGAUUGGGCAAGCUUGUGAUCGCGCUGCUUCUAGGGAACUCCUUCGUUCGGAUCCUGAACACGUUCCCCGUUGGGAUUCUUGGUGUGCUGCUGCUGUUUGCUGGGAUCGAGCUAGCUAUGGCGUCGAGGGAUAUGAACUCCAAGGAAGAGUCGUUUGUGAUGUUGGUGUGUGCUGGUGUGUCGAUGACAGGGUCGAGUGCUGCAUUGGGGUUUGUAUGUGGGAUUGUGUUGUAUUUGCUGUUGAAGCUGCGUGAGAUGGAUUGGGGAUGGAAGGCGGAUUCCGGUGCCGGAGAUGAACCAUUGUUAUCUUCUCCGUAGAGAGAGAAAGAGAGUCGACCUUUUCUUGCCUUUCAUAAAUUUAUUGUUUGUAUAGUUUUGGUGAUGUUCUGUGACUACAGACAUGCCAUGGUCUAUCAAUUGGUGAAAUAAUGCACAACAUCGACCACCAUUGUGUAAAUAUAGAGGUUUCAAUGUAUAUUGUAAAUUUGUAUGCAUCACUUGGGAAGAUGUUUGUAAUCUUGCUUGAAAGCUCAAGUUAUAGUACAUUUGUAUUUGGAUA